CAAUGGUCGUGUAUGACGGGCAUAUAAAUAGCCCCUUUCCAGCAUCAACACUAUAGUCGAUGCAGAGGCGUCUACGGCUGGUCCUUUUGCGAAUUGAAGCCUCAUAUUAUAUAGCUAGAACCGCGCCGGAGUUAACUCUAAUUCCGUUUUUUUACGGAUGGUGCACUUCUCCGUGGAGCUUCUGUUAAAUAGUCAUUGCUUUGGUUGUCAAAAAGGACAUAAAGUUUUCGAUUUCCUCGAGGGUAUCAUGCUGAAUACCGAGGAAAGUUCUUUGUUAGUGGGCUCCAGGUUCCACUGCUCCAGGCACCAGGCUCCGGGGCCUCUGUGGUGCUCCGAUGCCCCUCACCCACACUUGAAGAUCCCGGGUGGGCGAGGGACUGGCAGGGAUCACUCUCUCGGCCUGUUACUACACAAGGACGAGAGGCUUACGGUGACGCGGGCAGCUCCUGUCAAUGGGACACCAGCCAUCCUGCACUUCCACUACCAACUGAGCGAGUGCCGCACGGCCUGCUGGGAAACAGCCCUCUCCUCGGACAGCCUCUUUCUGGAGAUCCCCGCUGGGGCACUGGCGGAGGGCAGCAAAGAGGGGCUCACCAGCCUGCUGGAGUUUGCUGAGGAGAAGCUGAAAGUCAACUACGUGUUCUUGUGGUUCGAUAGAGCCAGAGAGGAUCGAUUAUCCAUCAUAAAGACUUUCCACUACAUGGGCUUUGAGGUGGUGAAACCCGGCAACCCUCUGGUGCCGGCUCGGACAGACCUCAUCUUCAUGGUCUACUCUCUGGAAAACAGCAGCUCCGAUGAGGAGUGAAUGAAACACCGGACCACCCUGCCGCUCCCUAGCCCACCCAUGACCCCCACAGAACCCCUCCCGCCAGCUGCCUUCAUCCCUGUCCCCCAUCCUCAAACUGUGUGCCCCCUCCCUAACCCCAAAGAUACUCUUCCACCCAAACCUCUACCCUUCUCAUUGAUUGGGUUGUCACAAUUUUGUAGACUCUAUUAUAAGAGGGAUGUGCUGCUUGGGGAUGCUAAGAUCUCUGUGGUGAUACAUCUUCCCCUGAUGAGCACAGCGGUGGAGCAUGGAAGGGCGGAGCUUGGACCGAGUCAUCACCCGAUUGGUUUAGAUAUUACUAAUCGCCCCACUCUAUGCCAGGCUUUACAUGCCUGCCCACAACAAUCCAACAGGGUGACUUUUUGGCUGGAAGAAAAAGCAUAUCUAUACUCUGACAGCUUGCACGGAAUAUCAAAGAGCCUGACUUGGGUCUUUUAAUGUACAGUAGUUUCUAUACAAAGCAGGGCUUGUUUAGUAGGGACAGUAAUGUAAUGGGUAGCAUAAGGGAAUUAUCUUAAGGGGAUAUUUGCCUGGGUAUGGUUGGGUCAACAUGAAUGAAUGAAUUGUUCUGCUUGUAUUGUUUUCUAUGAUAGGGACAAGUAUAACACUGAUCUUUCCGUUACAAUUGCAUUCAUUCUAUAACAUAUUUUUUUUUUUCUCAAACUGUUGGGUAUAUUAAGUCUUCAUUCCUACUUUUGCGUCACUAGCUAUGAUCUUUCAGCUUACGGUUUUCUUAUUGUCUUACCAGAUUAUAGUUAGCGUGAUAUUGUUAGUCUCGUUUGAUAUUUGAAAGCUGAGCGAAGGUCGUUGUUUUGAAUGUUGGGUCAGGGCAAUCUCGUUCACAGCUCUCUGCAGCAAUGACGUGCGUUCCCCUCACUUGAGGUCGCUCAGCUACGCAAUGACCCUGUGAAACUAACACCUGAAUUAUUGAUCCAGUAGAGGUACAUCGAGAAGAGUGGAAGAGCAUUAAACAUAAAUGUUGUAAUCCAUUCUCACUCGGCACAUAAGUCACCACAUAAAUAUGGCUAGACUUAGCCCUCAUCAUUUAGCAUGGGCUGAGACAGCUCUUCCUGGUUUCAAUCCCAGUUCAAAUUCAUAUCUUUGUGUACAGUUCUAUCAACCAGAGCCCUUUUGUACUAGUAGUACCACCCCCAACAACACCUCUGCUCAGUUGAAACUAUUUUGAGAGGUUUGUGGUGGGGCCUUUUCCGCCUAAGAAAAGAGUGCAAUGUUCUCUUUUACACUUCAGUCUUAUUUCCCACAUUCAUCCCUAGCUACCCAAAGCAAUGUGGCAAAAAGGAAACCAACCCAUGAAGGGAAAAGUCACAACACAAGCACUUUAGGUAGCCACGUAAAAUUGAGUGGAAGUGCAUUAGGGUCCAUUACGGAGAUGUGGCCCAGCGCCUUCUAUUUUGUUUUGCCGUGCAAACCAGACAUAAUUGCCAAAGAAAUAGUUCCAUGUUCAGCAGUAACAGUUAAAAAGUCCCGGUCAACAGUAAUCCUAUAGGAUACUGGCUUAAAUGUCUUUCUCACACUAACAAGAUCCCCAAAACAGUGCUAGGGUGACCUGGUUUGUUCAGGAAAGCAGUAUACAAAUAUAUUCCCCUACCAAUAGCAUUUUGUCUCAGAGGAACAUGGUAAUAAUAAUAUAAUAAUAUAUGCCAUUUAGCAGACGCUUUUAUCCAAAGCGACUUACAGUCAUGUGUGCAUACAUUCUACGUAUGGGUGGUCCCGGGAAUCGGACCCACUACCCUGGCGUUACAAGCGCCAUGCUCUACCAACUGAGCUACAGAAGGACCAUCAUGGUCAAGAGUGAUGUGUGCUUAGGAUCCUAUGUGCAGGGGGCUUUCAUUUUUGCAUGUGUGUAGAGGUUGAAUCUUCAUAGAUGGGUUAGAUGACGUCACAAAAACUAUACAGACUUCAAAUGGGGCAGUUGUCCAUGAGGAGUUGUGAUUCUGAUUGGCCAGAUAUCUACCAACAAUGACAAGAAUCUGCCAUGUGGGGAAUUGUAAAUUACUAAUUUUAGCUAGUUUCAUCAUGUUCUUGAUACCAUGUUUUGACUGUUUUGACUGAUUUCAUGUCAAUGCUUAUGGGAAAAUGUUGCUAGCUUGUGACGAAAACAAGUCUAUUCAUCUUCAGAGUUAUAUUUUUAUGUAUCUUUCUUGUUUGAUAGUUUCUUAUAGCCUAGUUUAGUUGUUUUGUUUACAGUGGCAUACAGAGAAUCAUUCAAUGGCAAUCCAUACUUGUAUACCUUUUAACUUUUUCUGUCCGGAAAAAAAUAAAAUAAAAAUCUAUCUUGCUUGUG